AUGGGCGCAAUGAGGACUGGCAAAGUACUGCCGUCAGAUGUGAAGAAUUGCAUUAAACAGCUGAUAGCAUCCUAUCCUGAUGGGCUGCAGCUAGAAAAGCUCAACCAUACAUAUUGGCAGAUGUAUGGGAAGCGUCUGAUGCCAUUCGAGUACGGAUUCAAGGAUGUGGUGGAUAUGGUUCUCUCCCUGGCUGGUGAUGUGUGGGUAGAAGAGGGUGCCCAGGGACAGGUGUUCCUCAAGGUGAACAGAGGUGAGGGAGAUGCAUUACUACAAGAGCCUCCUCCAUCCAGAAUUCCAAUGGCGCUCAGGGAGAUUUUCAAGACCAUUCUUAACAUGAACCACGGUGUCUGUCUGCUUGAUGAUCUCCUGCGACAAUACGAGGUAAGAACAGGCAGUCGAAUAGACCUGACAGAGUUAGGGUUCACGUCUGUCUUCGACCUCAUAGCCAACCUCAGUGACAUCAUGGGCAUGUGGCGGUUGGGCAGCGGGCAGUUCAUUCUCUAUGACCUUGACAACCCCCCUCAAAGCAUCUCCAACAUACCUGAGUGUGCUGGCACAGAUUCUGAAAGUCCAGAACACCAGCAGAGGAACUUGAGUGCGGAAACAAUCGACCGCCUGAGACGGCUUGUGGAAGUGGAAUAUCCAGGGGGGCUGGCCAUUGAGGAACUGGUGGGGGCAUACAGGGGCCUUUUCGGGGCCACUCUCAGGGAUCUGGAUCAUGAGGCCUAUGGCUACCUCACUCUGGAAGCCCUCUUGCGUAAUCACCCAGAGGUCAUCACUGUCCAGAUGUGGGGGGGAGCCAUCAGGGUCAUGCGGGACCAGUCCUUUGUUCCGCCUGAGGAGAGAUUGAAGGAGGCAGAGACCAGGGAGAAUGCCUCCUCUGGCCCACAGAUCCCACCAGAAGCAGUGAAGCCGGGCUCCUCGUACAAGUGCCCAGAUGUGAAGGCACUCAUGCCGCCAGGGGAGAUGGUGGAGAGUGGUGGUGGGGGAGGUGUACUCGCCUCACCGUUUCUGGAUGAUCCAGCAAGAGGGGCAGACACACUGCAGGCCCUGGAUGCUCUCAUGGAUCGCAUGUUCGAGUUCUACGGGAGUCCAAUCGGGGGGCGGUACGUGGUGCCCAACGACUUCAUCACUAUAGGCUUCCCUGUGGUGGCUCUUUAUGCCUCUGAUCUCAACUUCUACCGUGCCAUUGUCACCAACCUGGAGGACCUGACGACAGUUAGGCUCUUCUUUGUGGAUUAUGGCACGAUCUGCCGCUGUGACUACUCUUCGCUGCGGCUCCUCCACAGAGCCUUCCAUAAGCUGCCAGCACAGGCCAUUAAGGCAACCCUGUGCGAAGUGAGUCCCCCAGGAGCCAGUCGCCUUUGGCCCCGAGCCGCAUCUCAGAGGUUCCUGGAGAUGAUUCAGAACAAGGCCUUUGUGGCGCAGAUCAUGGCGUCGGAGGUAAAUUCACAUGUGAAAAAGGCUUGGGAUUUUGUGAUGUAG